GCCUGUCCCAGAGCUGCCCGGGAAAUCCACCUUCUUUGUGGGCAGCACAGAUGAGUUCAUCGAGAAGCGGAGACAGGGGCUGCAGCAGUUCCUGGAGAAGGUUGUGCAGAACGUGGUCCUCCUCUCCGACAGCCGGCUGCACCUUUUCCUGCAGAGCCAGCUCUCGGUACCCGAGAUAGAGGUGUGCGUGCAAGGCCAGGGUUCGCAGACAGUGACAGAAGCCAUCCUCCACUACGCCAUGUCCAACUGCGGCUGGGUGCAGGAGGAAGAGAGCCGCCCCGCGCUGCUGCCGGGAGGGGACCUGCACGGCAG